GAGACGAGCGACUGUCAUUCAGUCACUGAGGAGCGGGAAAGAGCCGGAGUGCAGCAAAAAAUAAAGACAUUGUUGCUGUGCAGCUUCCGCUUUGACAUAGUUAUUCUGCGCAGAAGAACAGUGGACAUUAAUUGUUAGAGCAUAUAUUCGGAUCACACCAAGCAGCGCGUGGGAAGCGGGAUCGUGACUGGCUGAGACAAGCCCCACUGUCUGUCUCAUCAUGGCAGGUCCUGGCGGUGACAUGCAGUGGUGCUUCUCUCAGGUGAAAGGAGCUAUUGAUGAUGAUGUUGCCGAAGCUGAUAUAAUAUCCACAGUUGAGUUCAACCACACUGGAGAAUUGCUUGCCACCGGAGAUAAAGGCGGCCGUGUUGUUAUCUUCCAGCAGGAAGUUGAGAAUAAGAGCUUGCCUCAGUUUCGGAGCGAGUACAACGUUUACAGCACUUUCCAGAGUCACGAGCCUGAAUUUGACUACUUGAAGAGUUUGGAAAUAGAAGAGAAGAUCAACAAGAUCCGCUGGCUUCCUCAGAAAAAUGCUGCCCAAUUCCUGUUGUCUACUAAUGAUAAGACCAUUAAGUUAUGGAAGAUCAGUGAACGGGACAGGAGACCAGAGGGCUACAACCUCAAAGAGGAGGACGGACGCUACAAAGAUCCCAACAGUAUAACAUCACUACGGGUACCAGUGUUGAUACCAAUGGACCUAAUGGUAGAGGCAAGUCCGCGGAGGGUGUUUGCCAACGCACACACCUACCAUAUAAACUCUAUUUCGGUCAACAGUGACAAUGAAACCUAUUUGUCUGCUGACGACCUCCGCAUCAACAUGUGGCACCUUGAGAUCACUGACCGCAGCUUUAAUAUUGUUGACAUCAAACCUGCCAACAUGGAAGAGUUGACAGAGGUGAUCACAGCAUCUGAGUUCCAUCCUCACCAGUGUAACAUCUUUGUCUAUAGCAGCAGCAAAGGAACCAUCCGCCUCUGUGACAUGAGGGCUUCAGCACUAUGUGACAGACACUCCAAAUUGUUUGAGGAGCCAGAAGAUCCCAGCAACCGCUCCUUCUUCUCAGAGAUUAUAUCUUCAAUCUCAGAUGUAAAAUUUAGCCAUAAUGGUAGAUACAUGAUGACCCGGGACUACCUGUCCAUAAAGAUUUGGGACCUGAACAUGGAGAACAGACCAGUGGAGACAUAUCAGGUUCACGAGCAUCUGAGGAGCAAGCUCUGCUCGCUGUAUGAGAACGACUGCAUCUUUGACAAAUUUGAAUGCUGUUGGAACGGUAAUGACAGCACGGUGAUGACUGGCUCAUACAACAACUUCUUUCGGAUGUUUGACCGCGCUCAGCGCCGAGAUGUAACCCUGGAGGCCUCCCGUGAAAACAGCAAGCCCAUGCAGGUCCUCAAGCCCCGCAAGGUGUGUGCAGGCGGCAAGCGCAAGAAAGACGAAAUCAGCGUGGACAGUUUAGACUUCAACAAGAAGAUCCUCCACACUGCCUGGCAUCCCCAGGACAACAUUAUCGCCGUGGCAACCACUAACAACCUCUACAUAUUCCAGGACAAAGUCAACUAAGCACAGACUUCACUCUUGUCGAAAUCCGGCCCAGGUUGCAUCGUCGUGACCGACCUGGUGCCUCGCGGGCUCAGCCGGAGAGAUCAUGGUGGUGCCCAGCAUCCCUGAUCUUCUUUGCUGGCUGACUAGACUCUCCCACUUCGAUCCAGACAGGGACAGGAAAAGCCUCACUCUCUCCCAUCGGAGUUACACCUGCCUUCUUUUUGUUUUGUGCCAUUUUUUUUCCUUUUUUUUUAAGCCAUCUCCCUCAAAUGGUUCAUUUUCUGUAAUAUUAUUUUUAAUAUCCUUUCUCUGUGGCUCUGUUGUAGAGAAAUGAAAAUAGAAUUGGAUUAUGUCCUGUGCCAUCGUAGUGGUUAAUUUUUUUUCAAGAGCUGUCUCCUUUUUUUUGUUGUUGUUGUGUCAACAUCCUUUUAUUGAUCCAGCUGUUGUGUGGUUAAAAAAAAAAGCUCCUUCCUGCCUCAUAUCACAAAACUAACCAACUAUCUGUGACAGGCACUUAUUAAUACUAAUACAGUCACACUUGCUGCAGCAUCAUGGAGUCUCGGUGCACUCAUGAGAAACAUAAUCCAUCUUUUGUUUUCUUCAAAGUCCUCAGUGCAUUCUGUAUUUUUUCUUUCUAGUUCUGUCAGAUAUCGGUAAACCUGUCAAGAAACAUGAGUGUUGUUACAUUUAAGUGGAAAGAAGAGACAUCUUUCGUACACCCGUCCAGCUGCCUUUUCUUUUCUACAAAUUUGUCCUAAACACCGUCUUCCCAUCGGGUACCACAGUUUCUUCACAACAGGGAGUUGUUUUUAUUUGAUUUGACACUGGAAACUUUGCACCAACUAAAAGUUCUUGGAUGUUUGAGUGUGUGAGUAUGUGUGUGUGUCUGUUGUAAGACUGCAGUUAGAAAAAAAAAAAACAUUAUGUGAGGCAUUAAGUCGCUUUAAGUGUUUGUUUACACUACUUAAGAUAUUACUACUGUAUGUGAUGGUACUGCAGAAGGAGUUGCAGUCUCCAUACCUUAUUAAUGUGGACUAUAUUGAUGCCUCUAUUAAUGUAUAGCAACAGUUUAAUCUAUGACAGCGAAGAUAAUAAAGGAACUACUUUUUGCA